AUGUUGUUUUCUAGGUACAAAGAGAAGCUACCUUCCCAGUGUUUCACAGAGCACAAGAACAGGCUGAAGUUCCUCACCUCCCUGAACAACCAGCAAUCAAUAUUUGUGAGGAAGGGGCUAGACAACUUCAGGAAAGACUGUCCUCCUUGCAAAGGUCUGAUCAUGAAGGAUGCUCAGGAGAGCUUUCUUCCCCUGAUUUAUCACAGAGCUCCCCAACCUCCCCCAAAGACAAUGCAAAACAAGCAGCCCAAGGAAGCAGCUGUUUUUCCCAAGCUCUCACCAGACCAGCAGGCACAGAAGGUAUUUAUUGAAGACAUUGAAGCCCACCUGGCCAGGCAUCCCUUGGCCCUGUACCCAAAUCUGGAAGAAGAUAUACCUGUAGAGCUCUUAUUAAAGGUUCUGGAAGUGCUAGAUCCUGACAGGAAGCUGGAGGACACAUGGGCUUAUUGCCAGGACAUCGGGAAAAAGACGAAGGAACCCACAAAGCAUUUAAACAAACCUUCUACAGAAGUCUUGCUGGGCCUUCCCAAGAAGACUCUUCUGUCACAUUCAGGCCAAUGGGUUCAUGAAGGAAAGAAACCAAGUGCAACAGAUUUGCUCCAUGGUCCUCUUCUUUAUGAAAACGGAAGUUCACAUAUUGAUGAAGAGUUCAUCUUGAAACAGUUUGACAUUGACUAUGAGAACAGACCAAGCUAUGAUGUGCUCCACACAAUGAGACUCAACCAGUUUCCUCUGGAGCAAAAAUCUAAUGUGGACCCAAAUAAACUACAGGAGCCAGAUUUCUCCUUCCAGGAACUAGACUUUGAGAGGAAACACCAGAAAUCACAGCUAGGACUUCUAAUACAAUUGCAUAGCAAUGAUGAGAGUGGUUACCCUUGUCUUAGUCCUGAAUUCAAGGGGAAAGCUGUCAGUCUUUCUCCAUUAAGUAAAAUGUUGGCUGUUGGCUUUUCAAAUAUGGCCUGA